AUGUUCUUGUUUAGGAAAAAGGAAAGGGACAAGGCGGAGGAGAAAAGGGAAAGGGCCAAGGGGGAGGACGAAGUGGUAAGCGAAGAGAAGGCGGAGGAGAAGGCCCCAGUCAGCAACCCCUUUCAGAACAUCCAAAAGGGCAGCCAGGAGGGGAAGACAGAAAGCGAUUCGUUGCAACAUGAGGGGGAAAAGGAGGGGGAGAGGAAAAAGAAAAAGAAAAACAGCCUAGAGGAGAAGAAGCACACAGGGGGGGUGCCCCAGGAAGGGGAGAAAAAUGAGAAAGAGCUAUCCCCCCAAAUGGGAAGCACCGGAAGCGGUGAAAAUACGAACGGGCAGGCAAAGCACAGCAAAGUUGCGCUGGAGGAAGGGACCCCCCCGAGUGGUAGUAGCCAUGUCCGGAGAGACACAUACAGAUUGAUUCCCAACGGAAUGAAAAAGAAAAAAAUUAACCUGUACAGCUCAUCGAGCUCUUCAGACGCCUCUUCAAAUGAAGACCUAUUUAGCGGUAAAAUUAAGAGGAAAAUGGAGCCCCUGGAAGGGGGGGAGUACGACCAAAUUAGGAAGAAGGACAGGAGGGAGGAACCGCAAGGAGGCAACCACGUCGGCAGUGGUUCCACUACCAGCAAAGCAGCUAGUGGGAACAGCAAGAUCAUUGCCAACCUCAGCAGCGGGGGGGAGAAAUUGAUCUUCUUAACUAAAAGGGACCGAGAGGAAAUGAAGCGAAAGGGGGGUAAACGAGAAGGUGAGAGCACUCCUUUGGGGGAGGAAGACCACCCGAGGGGGAAACUCCAGGGGAAGGAGGUGGAAGAGGCGAGGGGGAGGAAGAAGCAGAUCGGUACGAAUGCCCACUCGAAGGAUGAGAGGCGCAGUCUGAGGAGGAACUCCGAGUCGAAUGAGGGAAGCGGCGAAAGUGACGGAAGCGGCGGAAGAGGCGAAAGCAGCGGAAGAAGCCGACGGGGCUCCCCACGCCGCUCGGGCGAGGCGCACACCUACGCGAAGGUGGAGUCGUCCCUGGCGGAGCUGAACAUGCUGAACAUCGGCGCCAUCGAGCGGGAGAGCCAGCGGGAAAAGGAGCUGGAAAUCAUCAAGCAGCAAUACUUGGGACUAAACAAGAAGAAGAAGAAGAUGCAGAAGCCGUCGGAGAAAUUUAGGAACAUCUUUAACUUCGAAUGGGAUCAAUCGGAGGACACGUCGAAAAACGACACGAACCCGUUGUACCAGAACAGGCUGGAGCCGCAGCUGCUGUUCGGGCGAGGGUACAUCGCAGGCAUAGACGUCCGAGAGCAGAGGAAGAAAAAUAAUUUCUACGACAAGUUGGUGCAGAAUAGGAUUAACUUUAGUGUGCGGAAGGGGGCGAUUGAGGAGGGUUCCCUCAGGAGGGGUCCCCACCACAGGGGCGGCCCCAACGUGGUUAGCGGUUGGGAGAGCGGUGUGGCGGGCGGCAGCACAAAUGGUGCAUCUAGUAGCGGGACCGUUGGCUUGCCGAGCCGCCUGGGCCCGUCGGCCCUGGCGAACACGCCGAACCCAAUGGAGCACCUGACGAACCCGAGCAACCACUCGCUGAGCAGAAGCAAAACGGGGGAAUUCAUCUACGAGCCAAAAGUGAACAAUAUCAUCCGGGACGUCCACAACAAACACUGGAGCGAGAAGAAGAGGGAAGAAAUGACGGACAGGGACUGGAGGAUUUUUAGAGAGGACAACGAAAUUUACAUCAAAGGAGGAAUCGUCCCACCACCCAUCAGACGAUGGGAAGAGUCGAACCUUUCUAGCGAUUUGUUAAAAGCUAUUAAGAAGGCUAAAUAUGAAAAGCCCACUCCAAUCCAGAUGCAAGCCAUUCCGAUAGCCCUCGAAAUGAGGGAUCUAAUUGGAAUUGCAGAAACGGGUUCAGGAAAAACAGCCGCGUUUGUUUUGCCUAUGCUUGCUUAUGUGAAGCAGCUCCCCCCAUUGACCUAUGAAACGUCGCAAGAUGGGCCGUACGCUCUCAUUAUCGCCCCGUCGAGAGAACUAGCCAUCCAGAUUUUCGACGAAACGAAUAAGUUUGCCUCCUACUGCUCCUGUAGAACGGUGGCAGUGGUGGGAGGAAGAAACGCAGAGGCACAAGCAUUCGAGCUGAGAAAGGGAGUGGAGAUCAUCAUAGGGACCCCAGGAAGGAUACACGAUUGUUUGGAAAAAGCAUACACCGUUUUAAAUCAGUGCAAUUAUGUAAUACUAGAUGAAGCAGACCGUAUGAUGGACAUGGGGUUUGAAGACUCCGUGCAUUUUAUUUUAGACAAAAUACCAACGACCAAUUUGAAGUCGGAAGAUGACGCUUUAGCAUUACAGGAGGAGAUGAUGGCCAAGGCGGGGCAUCGCCUCUACAGAUUGACGCAGAUGUUUUCUGCAACUAUGCCACCAGCUGUGGAGAGACUUUCUAGGAAGUACCUGAGAGCCCCAGCCUACAUCUCCAUUGGAGACCCUGGGGCUGGAAAAAGAUCCAUAGAGCAAAAAUUAGAAUUCACAACGGAGGGGAAGAAAAAGCAGAAGUUGCAAGAAAUCCUAGAGGAGUACGAAGCACCCAUCAUCGUCUUCGUAAACCAGAAGAAAGUGGCAGACAUCAUUGCUAAAUCGAUUAGCAAAAUGAAGUUCAGGGCAGUCGCUCUGCAUGGGGGUAAGGCACAGGAGCUGAGAGAGCAAACGCUAAAUUCUUUUAAAAAUGGAGACUUUGACAUUUUAGUAGCGACAGAUGUGGCUGGAAGAGGUAUCGACGUGCAGGGGGUCAAACUGGUUAUAAAUUUUGAUAUGCCUAAGGACAUUGAGUCGUACACGCACAGGAUUGGGCGUACUGGGAGAGCCGGCAUGAAGGGCAUGGCCAUCUCGUUCGUCACCGAGCAGGACUCCCACCUGUUUUACGACUUGAAGCAGUUCCUCAUAUCCUCCAACAACAUCGUGCCCAUGGAGCUCGCCAACAACCCCGCGUCGAAGGUCAAGCCCGGCUCCGUCCUGCACGCCCCGAAGAAGCCCCACGCGGUGUUUAAGGGGUAG